AGAUGUUGUUUUCAAGUGCCUUGGAGAGAACAUUCUCCAGAACGCCUUUGAAGGCUACAACGCGUGCAUCUUUGCCUAUGGACAGACUGGGUCUGGAAAAUCUUUCACCAUGAUGGGCACUGCUGACCAGCCUGGAUUAAUCCCUCGGCUUUGCAGCACCCUUUUUGAGAGAGCUCAGAAAGAGGAAAACGAGGAGCAGAGUUUCAAAGUGGAAGUGUCCUUCAUGGAGAUUUACAAUGAGAAAGUCAGAGACCUUCUGGACCCAAAGGGGAGUCGCCAGUCUUUAAAAGUGAGAGAACACAGCGUCUAUGGACCAUAUGUAGACGGGCUUUCAAAACUGGCUGUCGCCAGUUACAAGGACAUAGAAUCUUUGAUGUCUGAAGGCAACAAAUCUCGGACAGUUGCUGCAACCAACAUGAAUGAAGAGAGCAGCCGGUCCCAUGCAGUUUUCAAGAUCAUCCUCACACACACAUUGUAUGAUGUGAAAUCAGGGACAUCUGGUGAAAAAGUGGGCAAGUUAAGCCUCGUUGACUUAGCAGGCAGUGAAAGAGCAACGAAGACGGGAGCAGCAGGUGACAGGCUGAAGGAAGGAAGCAACAUCAACAAGUCACUCACAACUCUUGGGCUGGUCAUUUCUGCUCUAGCAGAUCAGGCUGCUGGGAAAAACAGGAACAAAUUUGUUCCUUAUCGUGAUUCGGUGCUCACUUGGCUUCUCAAAGACAGCCUGGGGGGGAACAGCAAAACAGCUAUGGUUGCAACUAUCAGCCCCGCAGCGGAUAAUUACGAUGAGACCCUUUCCACCCUGAGGUACGCUGACCGGGCCAAGAAUAUUGUGAACCACGCUGUGGUGAAUGAAGACCCCAACGCUCGCAUCAUCCGGGAACUGCGGGAGGAGGUGGAGAAACUCCGGGAGCAGCUCACCAAAGCAGAGGCAAUGAAAUCGCCAGAACUAAAGGAUCGUUUAGAGGAAUCUGAAAAACUUAUCCAGGAGAUGACUGUGACCUGGGAAGAGAAAUUACGGAAAACGGAGGAAAUUGCACAGGAGCGGCAGAAGCAGCUCGAAAGCCUUGGCAUCUCUCUCCAAUCUUCUGGCAUCAAAGUUGGCGACAACAAGUGCUUCCUGGUUAACUUGAAUGCUGACCCUGCUCUCAAUGAACUCCUGGUCUACUAUUUAAAGGAACACACACUAAUUGGGUCGGAUAAUUCCCAGGAUAUCCAGCUCUGUGGGAUGGGCAUCCUGCCUGAACACUGUAUAAUAGAUAUCACCUUGGAUGGACAAGUUAUGCUGACACCUAAGAAGAACACGAGGACAUUUGUAAAUGGCACGGCUGUGACAGGCCCCACACAGCUACACCACGGAGACAGAAUUCUGUGGGGAAACAAUCACUUCUUCAGGCUAAAUCUGCCCAAAAAGAAAAAAAAUGCAGAAGCCGAGGAUGAAGACAAUUCAAUGAAAGGAAGCAACAGCUCUGAGCAGCUGGAUUUAGAUGGAGACAGCUCGAGUGAAGUGUCCAGCGAGAUCAACUUCAGCUAUGAAUAUGCCCAGAUGGAAGUGACCAUGAAAGCACUCGGUGGCAAUGAUCCCAUGCAGUCCAUUUUGCAGAGCCUGGAGCAGCAGCAUGAAGAAGAGAAACGGUCUGCCUUGGAGCGCCAGAGGCUUAUGUACGAACACGAGUUGGAACAGCUCCGAAGAAGGUUGUCUCCAGAGAAGCAGCACUUCCGUGCUAUGGACAGGUUCUCCUGCCAUUCUCCCAAUGCUCAGCAACGAUUACGACAGUGGGCAGAAGAAAGGGAAGAGAUGCUAAACCACAGCCUGAGGAAGCUGAGGGAGCAGAUUGUGAAGGCCAACUUGUACGUCAGAGAAGCCAGCUUCAUUGCGGAAGAGGUGGAUAAAAGAACGGAGUACAAGGUCACUCUGCAGAUCCCAGCCUCCAGCCUCAAUGCAAACAGAAAGCGAGGCGCUGUUCUGAGUGAACCGGCCAUUCAGGUGAGGAGAAAAGGCAAAGGCAAACAGAUCUGGUCACUUGAGAAGCUGGAGAAUCGACUGGUGGACAUGAGAGAUUUCUAUCAAGAAUCAAAGGACUGUGAAGAGGACGACACGGGCAUGAGGUCAUACGUCAGGCGAGCAGAUCCUUUCUACGAUGAGCAAGAGAAUCACAGCCUUAUUGGGGUGGCCAACGUCUUCCUCGAGUCCCUCUCUCGCGAUGUGAAGCUUCAAUACGCCGUUCCAAUCAUCAACCAGAAAGGAGAGGUGGCAGGUCGAUUGCACGUUGAAGUGAUGUGUGUGAGCGGUGAGACCGGGGAGCGAAUCGCAGGAGGUGACGACAGCAUGGACGCCUCCGCUGAAAAUGAUUUGCAGGAGCAGAAGAUGGUGUGCAUGAUCAAAAUCCUUCAGGCGACAGGUUUGCCGCAGCACCUCUCCAACUUUGUGUUCUGCAAAUAUUCUUUCUGGGAUCAGCUGGAACCUGUGACAGUGGCCCCUGAAGUGGACCCCUCUCUGUCUCCUGUCUGCAAAGAGCCCCGGGGCAUGGUUGUCUUUGACCACUGCAAUGAAUUCUCUGUAAACGUUACUGAAGAUUUUCAGGACUAUCUCAGUGAUGGUGCCUUGGCCAUUGAAGUUUAUGGGCACAAGCAAUGCGACCCUCGCAAAAACCCAGCACUGUGGGAUCUGGGAAUAAUUCAAGCUAAAACACGAAGCCUUCGAGACAGAUGGAGUGAGGUCACUCGCAAACUGGAGCUGUGGGUUCAAAUUCUGGAACUUAAUGAGAAUGGGGAAUAUUGCCCGGUAGAGGUGAUUCCAGCUAAGGAUGUUCAUACUGGUGGCAUCUUUCAGCUCAGGCAGGGGCAGUCACGCCGAAUUCAAGUGGAAGUGAAGUCUGUGCAGGAAUCUGGAACGUUGCCUCUCAUGGAAGAAUCCAUACUCUCUGUUGGUGUGGGGUGUGUUCAGAUAAGAAACAUCAAAUCACCGAAAAGCCAUGAGAAUUGUCAGGAGGAAGAUGACGACAUGGAUAGUUACCAGGACAGAGACCUGGAGCGGCUGCGUCGUAAGUGGUUGAACACUCUUACAAAGCGGCAGGAAUACUUGGAUCAACAGCUGCAGAAACUUGUUGGGAAACCUGACAAGACAGAAGAUGACACAGACCGAGAGGCCCAGCUGCUAGAGAUGAGGCUGACGCUUACAGAAGAAAGGAACGCUGUAAUGGUCCCUUCUGCUGGUAGUGGAAUCCCUGGAGCACCUGCAGAGUGGACACCUGUGCCCGGCAUGGAGACACACAUUCCAGUCAUUUUUCUUGAUUUAAAUGCGGAUGAUUUUAGCUCUCAGGAUAACCUUGAUGAGCCUGAAGCUGGUGGCUGGGAUGCCACCCUGGUGGGUGAAGACGAAGACGAGUUCUUUGAACUGCAGAUUGUCAAGCACCAUGACACUGAGGUGAAGGCUGAAGCCUCCUGGGACUCCGCGGUUCAUAACUGCCCCCAGCUCAGCAGAGGAACAGCAGCCGAGCAAAGGGUUUUCCUAAUAGUGCGAGUGACGGUGCAGCUCAGCCAUCCAGCAGAAAUGCAGAUUGUCCUCCGGAAGCGGAUAUGCGUCAGUGUCUACGGCAAGCAGGGGUUUGCUCAGAGUAUCUUGAGACGAAUGUCCUACCGAAGUUCUGUUCCUGGCUGUGGAGUCACCUUUGAAGUUGUUUCAAAUAUCCCAGAGGAUGCUCAGGGAGCUGAAGAGCGUGAGGCACUAGCAAGAAUGGCAGCCAAUGUUGAAAAUGCAGCUUCAGCUGACUCAGAAGCCUAUAUAGAGAAAUACCUCCGGAGUGUGCUGGCUGUCGAGAAUAUUCUUACUCUGGACCGACUGCGCCAGGAGGUGGCCGUCAAGGAACAGCUAACAAGCAGAGGAAAGCUCUCCAGAAAGAGCCUCAGUUCCCCAAAUGUAAAUCGGCUCUCCGCAAGUCGCCAAGAUCUAAGUCCACCAUAUAGCCUUGCCACUUACAAAUGUCCAAAGGUCCCGGCAGAGAGUCGUUGGGAAAGCCAGCAAGACAUAUCACAGUCUUCAGCACAUUCCAAUAAAUCCCGGAUGAGCCUCUCAGCCUCUGCUCAGAAAAAUGGCUCCAAUGACCCAGGACUCAGCAGCCUGGCAGCUUCAUACUUGAAUCCUGUGAAGUCUUUCGUGCCUCAGAUGCCAAAGCUGCUUAAAUCUCUGUUUCCUGUUAGGGAUGAGAAAAAGGGCAGGCAACCAUCUCCCCUGGCCCAGCAGUCUGUCCCACGAAUCAUGGUUCAGUCUGCCAGUGUCGAUGCCAGUGCCAUAAAACUUAAACAGAUUGCGCAUGAGGAAGGAAGCAAAGAGCCAUUUGAGGUCGCAGUGCAUUCUACUGAGUUGGGGAAAAGUUCUGAAAAGUCACCUAAAGUGCCUUCACAUCAGUCCACAGCAGACAUUCCAACACAGGACUCGCAAGAAGGGCCACCGAGCCCCUUGAGCGAAGCAUCCAGUGGUUACUUCUCUCACAGCGUUUCCACAGCAACCCUUUCUGAAGCCCUGGCGGCAGGAAAUGACUCCCCGCUUCAAGCUGGCAACCAGACACCUGCAGCAAAUGAUGGGCCCCAACCCCCAACGCCCAUGCAGAUGGGGUCUGCUGUUGAAGGUUCUGUAAAAUUGGGUCCUGUGAUAGGUUCUGAUGUUUCACCUUCUCUUCAGAGAGGCGAUGUGGUGGCCCCUGGCCUUAAAAUUGACUAUACAAGAACUAAAGACAACAGCAAAGUUAAUGGUGAGGGCAAUUUAAGGUCAAAGUCUGUUGUCUCCUCUGUAGCUAUAGGUGAUGACCAUGCUAAUGCCUCCAUAGCCGCUAAUGCUAAAGGCUACCUUGCUACCUCCUCCUCAAAGAAAGAGUUGCGGCUGACAGAGCCGCAUGUAACUCCACUAGUCUGGGACCCUCAUGUGAUUGGGCAUGGCAGUCCAGCCUCCAUUUCUGAAACAGGACCUUCAAAAUCGCCGGUCCUUUCCAACCUUUCCUCUCAAUCCAGCAGUGCAGUCUCUCCGUUCAAAAUCCAAAGAGUGAGGACGUCAGAACUUAAAUCCUUCUCAAACAUGUUGGGAGGAGAACAAGGAGGAUCCUCAAGCUCCGAGGAAGAGAAGGGAGGAGAAAGAAGCGAACGGGAAUCUGGCCAGAACAAUGGCACAGAAGCAGCCUCUGAGGAAAAACUGGAAGUGACAUCUGACUCGGAAGAAGCCAAUGAGAUACCGGACUGGCUGAAGGAGGGUGAAUAUGUGACCGUUGGUACAAAUAAGACUGGAAUAGUGCGAUAUGUCGGCCCAACAGACUUCCAGGAGGGGAAAUGGAUUGGUGUCGAGUUGGACUUGCCAUCAGGUAAGAACGACGGUUCAAUUGGGGGACGGCAAUACUUCAAGUGCAAUCCAGGCUACGGCCUCCUUGUGAAACCAAGUAGAGUAAAAAGAGCCCCGGGGCCUGCAAGACGUCGAAGCGCUGGGCUGAGACUGCAAGGUGGAGUCACAGCUGAGAACCGGAAGAGCGGCAAUUUCUCUGGGUCAGCCUCCAACUUGGCUUCCCUGACUGCCUUGGCCAAAACUGAAGGAGGAUCUGCUUUACGGCCAGAAAAGACCCAGAAGAAUACAGAAAACAGGAAAUCGUGGGCGACCUGAAAGAGCCCCGCUUGGCACCGCACUACCUUGUUGACACUGACACUUUGGAAUGGCCUUACUUGCACAACUAAGGCCCCUUCUGCCCAUACAGAAUAAUUAAUUUCAGUCCACCUUCACAAUUGUUUGCAAGUGGAUUUUGCUGUUCCGCGCAGCAGCAGAGUGCAUUGAAAGUGGAUUGAAAGUGCAUUAUUCAGCAUAUGUGGAAGAGGCCUAAGUCAACCCAGGAGACAACCCGGGCAGAGUCAUAAGGGGGGUGGGGAUGGGGAUUCUCUGCUGGAGUCAUUGGGGUGUGAUGAAUCCUUGGCCUUCUUGUGAUGAGGGAGUCAUAUUGAGAUUCCUGAUGCAAAUGGUGUCGCUUCUGUUUAUGUUUUUACUAACUGUUUCCCUCAUGCAUGCUACACAGAUGCGCACACAGGCAGCGAAUUGGUGCGUGUACUUCAAGGGAAAGCCAUUUGCCCUAUUGUCUUCGUCUGUUUCCAGCUCUUUUGAGAGAUGCUGGCAUGGGGGAUAACUUCUGGAACAGAAGCCAAGUAGAAUUUGCUACUGAGAGCUGUUGACAAAAGGCUAAUCCUUGAAGACAAGUAAAGCAAAGAAAAUCUUAUAACCUAAACACAGGCUUCCUAGAAACGGUGCCUACCUAACACUUUUGCGGUUGGUCUCUGGGGUUUCACUACUCCUGUUGAAGUCCGUUUGAAGGGAUUGCUCCUUAGUUCUUUCGGAAUGAAGGAUUGUGGCCAGUUCACCCAACCGGUAGCUUUUAUGAUGCGAAAACUUUUAAAAAAACAUAUCCUUAAUUUCACGGUAAUCUCUGUGGUCUUAGGUGAUUUUUACUUUUUUAUUGUAAAAAGAGAGGCAGAAAGGAACCUGCUUUCCUCCCAUCUGGAACCUGGGGUUUUAAAAAUUAACUUAAGACAUGCCAGCAUGCAGUCUGUUGCUACUGUAUUUAUAAAGAUGGCUCCUAGUUGCUGGUUUUGGUCAGAGUAGCUCUGUAACACAGAUACCUGAUAUGGCCAUCCUUCCUUGCAUUCUGGGUUUUAACAUGUUUGUAAAGCAGGUGCGUAUCCCCUUUCCCGAUGCUAUGAUAUUUAUUUGUUAUUUAUUGCUAUUUUUUAAAAUAAUAAUAAAGCCUUUGCGACUUUACAAUCAAACCUCUGCCUGCUAUUGCACAAAAGGUGCACAGUCUCAUCUAGGGUACCACCCAAUUAUUUGCAUGCCUUCACCCAUCUUCCUGACUAAUGAAUCUGUGUCUUUCUUCUCCUUUGUACACUUCUUCCUUUAAGAUGCCAUCUUUCCUUGGAAGAUGUGGGUGACCAAAAACUUCUGUGGCUGUACUCAGCCUGAGCACGCCAAGACUGCUGUCCACAUGUAGUAGUGUACCAGGGAGUUAGUAAAUUUCCACUUUUGCUGGCUGCUAGGGAGUGUUAAAACAGAGGAGGCUUGGGUAGCCCAUGGCUGUCCACUAUGUAGGGCUGAUGAGCUGCAAUCAGUUGGGUGAGUCACAAAGAUUGACCCAGGUUCCUGAAAACUGGCAAAUCCCAAGUGUGGCCAAGUGUACUGUUGAAACUUUGAGCCAGUUCUGAGACAAGCUUACACAGCAACAACGUGUCAUUCCCCAGGAGCAUCUCCUGUGAAUGGCUGCUCGCUCUCAUCCAGGCAACUCACAGCUGGCUAGAGUCCCUCCACAACUGGUGGGAACAUCCAUAUUGAGUUGCAUGGUUGAUGCUGUCUUGGUCCCCAUUUGUAAACGUAUAUGUACGCAGCCCCUGUGUACAUUGCUGGAGCUCUGUGAUGGAGGCACGGCAGGACAAAAUAAACUAACGCAAGCCUUUGCAAAUAUAGUUUCCAGGGUCUAAGCUGCUUCUUGAUUUGAUAAAUAUGAAUCACCUUUCAUCCACUGUAGAUUUAGGAGCUCUAUAAAUAAUGUUUAAAAGGCCUUCAGUGUUGAUAGUUGGACCUUGAUCCUCACUCCCUUCCUUGCUGUGCAGGCUUAUUCUCAAGUGCCUUGCCCAUCCAGUCCCAAGGGCUGAAACAAAAGCUUCCACGUCUUAGGUGUUGUGGUAAGAGAGCUGCGGCUGCUGAUUGACUUUUAAAUUUGUAGUCUUUUGCAAAGGGGAACAGACUUUUUGUAUAAAUAAGUUUCUGUAUUAAAGUCAUACUUCCCUGCUGGGAAGUAUGUUCUCUGGCCCCGACAACUCUUAUCUGGUUCUCCCCUGCCCCGCAGUGUUCGUAAUCUAUAGUUGGGGCGUAAAGUAGUGCUGCAGCUAAGAGAAACAAGGUAAUCAGUAAAUAAAUCUGCCCCUGGGAAAUGGAGAGUGUUGUUGGAGGUGAAAUAUCUGGGAGAAAAUAAAUCCCUCCUUUUGAAAGCUAUGCCAUGGAAAUCUAGUUGGGUUUAAAGGUGCUGCUGGACUCAAUUCCAGCUCUUCGGUUGCUAACGCAGCUACCCACCUGAAACAACUCUCCCCCCAACACUCAAGGGCUAUUUGUCUACUACAGUUGCUGUACAAUUGGGAUUUUUUAUGGUACCUGCAACUUUCACAUUUUUUUGUAAUAAAAUAAAUUCGUAGCUAUCUGGAUGGGCAGGUUUAAAACUGCAGAUCAUGAUCUCAAUCCACAAGGUGUGUCACACAAGAGCCAUUGAAAAAUGUGGGGAUUUAACUUAGUUGUGACUUUAUGAAAACCCACAAUUUGCUCUUAAGUAGAGAUUCUAUGUUUCUGCACCCUUUAAUGUGACCAAAAACAUCUGCCUGCUCUGUGCCGAUACAUUAGAUUUGGGGAGGGAGAGAUUAGGUGCAGAUGUUUUCUCACUAUUUCAAUGAUUCAAUACCAACAGUUAAGUACCACCUUAACUACCUGCUUUCGUGAAUGCAUGUGUGGGCAAUCCCUGACCAGCAGGUAAAUUGCUCUGUUUUUUUGGUGUGCCAUGGUUUUUGCAAGUUUAUCAUGCACUUUACUUAGGAAGAGUCAGGCCAGAUCUAGAAGAGCUGAAGGCCACAGUCACAAUUGAAGUUCUUGAAGAGUGCGAUUGAUCUCCCAAAGGGGAGACAGGUUUAAUACCUGCGAUUCCCAUUUAUUGUACCGAUCAGAUUUUGUAAAAUUGCUACGUUGUGGCUGUGUCUUCAUGAAGUUCUUCCUGACUUCCAUUGGAAUGACAGACUUCCUGCUCUCAACAUAUUUUCUUGUUCUCAACAGAUUAAAAUGCUGUCACUCAAUUCUUAACUGUCUUAACAUUCAUGUCCUUAAAAAUACAGCAUGUAAUGGAAAACUUGUCUCUUUCGUAAUACAACUGAAGUUCUUCUUUUUUUAAUGCAUCAUUCUGCAUCAGAUUUUGGUAAAGCAAAAGCUUUUAUGGCUGAACUGAGGGUGGUGUCUUUCCUAGGAAUGAAUCUGAUUUGUCCUGUGACUCGACCAUUAGUUUCUUUCAGUCAAGUCACUGUUCCUUCAAUAGCGCUUCGUUGCUCAGUCCAAGUUUUCCCAUGUCAACUUCUGCAUGGCAGCCGCUUUAAAUCCUAUCAAAUGCUAGUUGUUACGACAUGGUCAACCCUUUUCCACAGCACUUCACCUUGCAGCUCAGUGGAUUUCUCUCUUUGCCGUCAUAAACAGAAGAUAGAAAAAUAUAAGGGUGUGGUGACCACUUGAGAUGUCAUACAGAAAUUUAAAAUAGCCUCCACAUUUCUAGAAGAAACAAGACAGGCAGCACCUUCUAUUAGGGCCAACCAAAAUGCCGCAAAAUUUAAGUUCUUUACCUGGAAAAAAAUGUUUCACUGUACUAUCAAAGAUGUUCAUGGCCAGAAUCAAUGGGGUGUUGUGGGUUUUCUGGCCUGUGUACCCAUGUAUCUGAAGAUGCCAGCCAUAGAGGGGGGCAAAACACGAGGAGCAAAAACGACCAGACCAUGACCACAGAGCCCACAACACCCUGUUUUUUCGUACUUUUUAAUUUUUUUGCUCUUGAUGAGCUCGGAUAAGCUCCAAAUCUGGCACAAUCUUUUCUAUCCUCUUGUUUGGCCCUAAUAAAACAUAUGAUAUUGAUUCCGUUUCUUGUUCCACAUAGCCAGGCCAGCCCCUGGAGGCUUACAGCCAGACUGUGGCUCAAUUGUCCAUGUUGACAGUGCUCCCUUUGUAUGUCUACCACGUGUCGGGGGCAACUGAAAAGUGUUUCAUGCAAAUAGGUUGGCUAAUUUUUUAAAAAAUGUCAUAACUUUAGCAAUGAUGUCAAUGCAGUCGGUCACAUUUUUAAAUAAAAAGAAAAGGGAUUUGUGACUUGGGCAUAUUAAUGUAAUCCAUAAAUCAGUGUUAAAUGUUUAUAUUGAUCGUCGCUGCUUGCCAGAGUGUGAAACCAGUGGGUUGUCAAGUGCUGCAACAACUCCUGAAGGUUCCUCUGCUCUGAUGCUCUAGAUCACAGGUGUCAAACUUGCAGCCCUCCAGAUGUUCAUGAACUACAAUUCCCAUCAGCCCUUGCCAGUAUAGCCAAUGCUCAUGUUGGAAGGGACUGAUGGGAAUUGCAGUUCAUGAACACCUGGAGGGCUGCGAGUUUGACACCCCUGCUCUAAAGGUAACAGUGAGAUGUUAAUACCACAAAAUCUGAGAUGUCCUUGCAGCAAUUGUAGCACUCACAUUUUUUCCACUGUUGUAAGCUUCUGCGCCCUUGAGAGAUGUGCAGUUUUCCAUGGAAGCUGAAAGUUGAGACCAGAAAGCCUUAUCCAAGAAGGCGAUGCUAAUAGAACUACCCUUUUGGAUGUGGCUGGAGUCUGGACAUGCCCGGUAAAGUACUCACUUGCUCAGCUAGACUCUGCAGAUCUGUGAGUGGGUAGGUUGGGCCCUCACUUUUGGGUUCAACCAAAAUUUACUGUUCCAGGAAAACUGUUGCCCAUUCUAUUACUGCCCACCUUCCACACUAAAAAAACUGAGGAGAGGAGUUUGCAAAUAUAGCAUUAGGCACCAUUGCUUAAAGACCUUUCUAUUAGUUACUGUCUGACACUAAUAAAAUCAGUUCCUUUGGGAAGCCUUUUGGGAUUUGACAUUUCUGUUGAUUUUGUGUUUGAUUUUUGUGAUUUGUUUUGUAAAGCUAGGAAGAUUGUAAAUAAAGGAUGGCAAUUUUAGAUUGUGGUAUUAAAAAUGUGUUGUUGGUCGUACCUUUUUAAAUGUGCUAAGAUCCAAAGAUUCUUGUAAUUAAUUGUAAAGUUUUUAACGAUUUCUUGUAUUAUACUUAAUAACUGUAAUAUUGUAUCAUACCUGUGAUAUGAUCUAUGUCACCUAAAUAAAUUCUUUAGGCUAAGCCUC